AUGGCCGACGAUCAACGCUUCUUCCCCUUCCGGCGAUUCUGUCCGCCGGGAUGGUAUCCAAUCCCAUUCCCGGGUCCUCGUCCUCCUCCGUUUUUCUUCUUCUUUCCAGGCAGCUAUUGUUCCAGGUAUAAUCGCCCGCCGCCGCCAGCCACCACUCCGCCGCCUGAAAUUUCACCACCGGCGCCGCCGCUGCCAAUUCCUCCUCCUCCUCCUGAAGUUUCUCCUCCGGCGCCAAUUCUACCUCCAGAAGUUUCUCCGCCAGUUCCAAUUCUACCGCCGGAAGUUUCUCCACCGUCGUCGCCGCUGCCAAUUCCUCCUCCGCCGGAAGUUUUUCCUCCAGCGCCAAUUCUUCCUCCAGAAAUUUCUCCGCCAGUUCCUAUUAUUCCACCGGAAGUCUCUCCUCCGUCGCUGCCGAUUCCUCCUCCUCCUGAAAUUUUUCCUCCGGUGCCAAUUCUUCCUCCAGAAAUUUCUCCGCCAGUUCCUAUUAUUCCACCGGAAGUCUCUCCACCGUCGGCGCCGCCGCUGCCAAUUCUUCCUACUCCUGAAGUUUUUCCUCCGGCGCCAAUUCUUCCUCCGGAAGUUUCUCCGCCAGUUCCAAUUAUUCCGCCGGAAUUAUCUCCGCCGUCGGCGCCGGUGCCGAGCCUUCCUCCAGAUGUUUACCCGCCGGUGUCGACCCCUCCCCCAGAUGUCCUUCCGCCGCUGCCGGAUUUUCCUCCAGGAGAUUCUCCACCACCGCUUCCAGAAUUGCCAACCUUACCACCAGAAGUGUCUCUGCCGCCGGUGACUCCGCUGCCGGAAUCGCCUGAUCUGCCUCCGAUUGCGCUUCCUUAA